UUUACAGAAGUUGAACUACAGGAUAUGAAGUUUGAUGGACGUGGAGUACAUCAACUUAUCUGGCUUCUUCAACUGUUUGGACCAUUGCUUUGUUGAGCAAAGAAAGCUACCUUGUCUUGAAGACACUACUGCCACUUCUUUUCUCUCUACAGUCUUUUCCUUCUUCAGUCAUGAAGUAUCAGACGCUCUGCUGACUUUGAUUCGCCAAGAGCGUGAUGGAAUCAAUGCUGAUAUGGACAUCUUGAUGGGCAUUAUGCGUGGCAUAUGUCUCUCUGAAGUCAAAUCCUUCAUGAAAAAUGUUGUUGUUCAAGAUACAUAUGCUUACUACUCCAAGAAAAGUUCUGAAUGGAUUGUUUAG